AUGGUGCAACUCGCUACCUUCCAACUUGCCAAUUGGAUUGAAGGCAACAAGGAUAGCGCUCAAUAUGUCCUCGGCGGGAGCGCUGCCCCGAGCAUAUCGCUGGAUGAUCUUGUUUCUCUCUCCAGAGACUCUGCCGCGACUGAGGAAGCGUUGAAGUUUCGAUCCAUGAAAUUGAAUCUCGGGACACCGGAGGGCGCGCUGGAGCUGCGCAGGCAAAUUGCGAACUUGUACAGCGAGGACGUUUUGCCAGAGAAUGUCAUCACUGCCCCGGGAACCACGGGGGCCAACUUGACGGUUUUUCAGAGUCUUCUGCAGGCCGGCGACCACGUAAUCUGCCAGUAUCCGACAUAUCCACAACUUCUUGCGCUGCCAGAAAGCUUCCCGUGUGAAAUGUCCUACUUGAACCUUGAUCCUGGCAACGGAUGGCAGCCUAGCGUUGAAGAGCUUCGUGGAUUGAUCAAACCAUCGACCAAGAUGAUCGUCCUGAACAAUCCGAGCAACCCAACAGGUUCACAUCUCGACGGGGCGCUCCAAAAGAAAAUUCUGGACGUUGCUCGCGAACACAACAUCAUAGUGUUUGCAGACGAGAUAUUUCGGCCACUCUAUCACGUUCCCUCUGCUGCAUCCACUCCCUCGCUGGUGGAACAUGGAUACAGUAAAGUCAUCGUCACAAGUUCAAUGAGCAAAGUAUGGGGUAUGUCGGGGGUGAGGAUCGGAUGGAUCGUAUCUCGCGACCGCGACAUUCUCGACCUCCUCCUAAAUACCCGUCAAUAUACAGUCAUGUCAACGGGCCUCAUCGAUGAAGUCGUUGCCACAGAGACGUUGAGCGAUCGCUGUCGUCCGCUCAUCCUGAAAAGACAUCUCGAAUACGCGCAGGAGAAUCUGGCCGUGUUAGAUGCAUUCAUCAAGAAGAAUAGCGACAUGUGCUCCUGGAUACGGCCAACAGCUGGAGCAAUUGCUUUUGUCAAAUUCUCCUCUCCAAAUGGAGAAGUGAUGGAUGAGGUUGAGUUCUGUCAACAACUCCUGAAAGAAAAAAGGGUGCUCAUAAGUCCCGGCAGUCUCUGCUUUAGCACAGAAAGGCAGAGAGACUUUCGCGGCUAUGUUCGCAUUCACUUCACGCUCAUGCCAGAAUAUUUGAGUAAAGCUCUCGAAAUGGUUGAUGCCUUUCUAGCCGACAGGCGCAGAGUGUUGGGCGCGACGCCUCGAUUAUAA